UAGCCGCAAAUCGGAGUCACAGUCACGACUCACGAGUAAGUCUUCUUCCUUCGCCAUAUUGUGCCUUAAAUACUCUGAAGACAAUUAACCCGCAUCUUCAUUUUUAUUUUUUUUUCCCUUCUCCUCCGAAAUUUUCCACCGAGAUUUGACUGCUCCAACCUUCAAGAAAUCCCCUCUUUCUGCUCUUCUCAACUGUGUAAGGCAAUUUCUCUAAUGAAUUUGUUCAUUCUUUCGCACUCUGUUAAUCAUUGUUGUCCAUGCAAUAUUCUGUAUUGAUAGCCACAUAAAAAGAAAAAGCAUACUCUUUGUUUAUAGUCAUUGCUUUAAUUCAUUUACUUUUUCUGGGAUUUUUACGGAAAACAAAAAGAUCCCAGAUUUAUGUGGGGUUUUGUCGUCUUUGCUGUUUCCAGUGUUGGUUAUGACAUGUUUAUGCAGAUUCUCAGCACUUCCCUUUCCCUCUGGAUAAUGUUCUUUUCUUCAACAUUUUGUGGGAGAUACGCUAUUGUUCUUUUCUUUUUACAAUAUCUUUUGAAAAGGUUUUUAGUGAGAUUUUGGAUUUGGCCCUUUGUUUUGUUUACUCAUUAUUCCAGUUCAUCUUUAAGGAUCUUUUAUCUCAAACUUUCUUGCAGUGUGCUAGCUUUAUAUUUCAUGGUUGGAAAGAGAAGUUGCUCUGCUAAGGGGUUUUAACAGUCUAGGGAUUGAGUGUUUUUUUUUUUCAUGUUUUAGUAAAAUUGAUGGUCAUGGAUGGAAAUUUAAGGACUUAUUAUUAUGGGGAUGCCCCUGGAACCAAGCUCAGUGAUGGGGCUAUUUCUGUUGUUCCAAAUACUCCUCUGAUGAACAAUCCCAGGCUUGGUAAUGGUAGAAUGGUUCAAGAUGAGCCAGGUGACUAUCUUCCAAACUUUUCUACCCAAUCUGAACCGUCUUUGAAUGGUUAUGAUCCUCAGUGGAAUUGUGAUCCAAACGAGGAAUAUGAUUUUAAUGAUGUUGUGCUCAAGUAUAUAAGUGAGAUACUCAUGGAAGAGGAUAUGGAAGAGAAGGCUUGUAUGUUCCAGGAAUCUGCUGCCCUUCAAGUGGCGGAAAAAUCAUUUUACGAGGCUCUUGGGGAGACUUACCCCCCUCCUCUUCCUCCUCGUCCUCCUCAUCCUGUACCGGGGGAUCAUCGGGUGCCAGAUUCAAAUCAAGGGAUUUCAACCUGUGAUGAGUAUUCAUUGGGUGAUUCUAAUAGUUCUACCACAUGUAGUGGCUUGUGGUGUCCAAAUUGGAGUUCGGAUAUUAAUGCUAAUGCAUAUGACUCUACCCACGGAUCAAAUAUCUCAGUUGAUGUAGCUUCGGCGUUGACUUCGCAACCGGCAUACAGUUCCUCAAAUAGCUGCAGCACUGUGUCUGAUGGGCUUGCCGAUUCUCCUGACAGUUGUCUCCGAAUUUCAGAUAUAUUUGGGGAUAGCGAAUCUGCUCUGCAAUUUAAGAAGGGGUUUGAGGAAGCUAGUAAGUUUCUGUUCAACGGCAAAGCUUUAGUCCUUGAUUUCAAAGACAACGGGAAAAAUCACAAUAACAGAGUUUCCAGCAUGAACGAAGAGAAGCACGAAAGCGUGUGUUAUUACCCUGAGGAGUCAAGGGGGAGGAAGAAUCCACUUCAUGACGAUUCAGAUAUGCAGAGAGUUAAAAGUAAUAAGCAGACUGCUGUCUAUUCUGAAUCAACCGUGAGAUCUCAACUGUUUGAUGACGUGCUGCUGUGCAGUGGAGGCAAAAAUGAGUCUGAUCUCAGGAAAGCCUUGCAGGAAGUAGCAAGUAAAAGCAUUUUGCAGAACGAACAAGCUAAAGGGACUAAUGGUAGCAAAACACGUGGCAAGAAAGGAGGUGGUAAGAGGAAGGUCGUGGACUUGAGGACAAUACUAACCCUUUGUGCACAAGCUGUGGCUGCUGAUGAUCGAAGGACUGCAAAUGAAUUUCUGAAGCAAAUUAGACAGCAUUCUGAUCCAACUGGUGAUGGAAUGCAGAGGUUGGCUAGCUAUCUUGCUGAUGGUCUUGAAGCACGUAUGGCAGGUUCCAGCACUCAGAUAUACAAAGCUCUCAUUUCCAUGCCUACCUCAGCCGUUGAUGUCUUAAAAGCUUACCAGCUUUUUCUUGCUGCUUGUCCAUUCCGGAAGCUAUCGAAUUUCUUCUCAAAUAAGACUAUUUGGCAUGCGGCUGAGAAAGCAUCAAAGCUGCACAUUAUUGAUUUUGGUGUUCUGUAUGGUUUUCAAUGGCCGUCUCUCAUGCAACGGCUCUCAACUAGGCCAGGUGGUCCUCCUAAACUUCGCAUCACCGGGAUUGAUUUUCCAAAUCCUGGCUUCCGUCCAGCAGCGAGGGUGGAGGAGACAGGACGGCGCUUAGCGAAUUAUGCUGAAACUUUUGGAGUUGAACUUGAGUUCAAUGCUAUAGCACAGAAAUGGGAAACAAUUAAAAUUGAGGACCUUAAAAUCAGGGAAGAUGAGGUGCUCGUGGUUAACUGUCUUUACCGGUUCAGAAAUCUACUUGAUGAAACCGUGUUGGUAAACAGUCCCAGAAAUACAGUCCUGAAUCUUAUUAAGGAGAUAAGGCCAAAUGUUUUCAUCUUGGGGAUAGUGAAUGGGGCAUACAAUGCCCCCUUCUUUAUCACUCGAUUCAGGGAAGCUCUGUUUCACUAUUCUUCUCUGUUUGACAUGCUUGAGGCUAACAUACCCCGCGAAAUUCACGAAAGGAUGCUGAUUGAGAAAACAAUCUUCGGACGUGAAGCAAUGAAUGUAAUUGCUUGUGAAGGCGCUGAGCGGAUUGAGCGACCAGAGACUUACAAACAAUGGCAGGUAAGAAAUCUACGAGCAGGUUUUCAACAGCUUCCUUUGAAUGAGGAGAUUAUGAGGAUGUCAAGAGAACGAGUGAAAUCUUACAGCAAGGAUUUUGUAAUUGAUGAAGAUAGCCAGUGGAUGUUGCAAGGUUGGAAGGGGCGUAUUAUCUACGCACUUUCUUCUUGGAAGCCCGCUGAUUGAACUUAUUGGUUAAAAAAAUUUCUGCUAUGACAAAAGGUCACCUUAGGUUACUGACGGAUCCCGGGUCCUCCAAUUUUGUUAUGUUGUUCUUCAAUCUAUCCCUCUUGAAUAUUGCCAAGGACUUGUAGGGAACAAAGCUUUCAACUUUUGCAUGUCUUGGCUUCCUUGCUGUGGUCGUUUCUGAUAUCCAACCCGGUUAUAGAGUGGUUAGAUCAAACAGACUGUUGCCAUGUUUUCCAGUUUUUAGAUAUCGUUCGUGUACUUCUCCCGUCAUAACGCCCGCAAUAGGGUAAAGUGCUUUUGUCACAUCCAUUCUGGUAAUGCUCUUGUUCCUUGUAUGAAAAUGUAAAUAUAGACAUUUCGGAAUGACAGAAUUUCUGUUGCAAAUGGAAUAUGGUUGUGCUACAUUUUUCCGAUCCGAUCUCAAGACGGGUUUUGCCUCCUUUGCCAUUAUUCGUUGCUGAGUGGAACUUUAUAUUUAUUCACUUUGUACGGUGUUUUGAGUCAUUGAAGAACCCCACUCACAUGUUUUUUGCUUCGUAGUGUGGUGGGAAUUGCGUAUCCUUUUUCUUAGGACGUUUUAUCUGAAAAUAAUGCUAUUGAGUGAGACCUAACAUUGUGCCACUUCCGGAUUGAAAUCUCAGUGCUGUGGAUUCGUUUCGCAGUAUAUAAUAAUCAUAUUGUUGAUUCCUGCAUUAUCAUUGGCGUGUUUGAAUCAACUGAUUACUGAGGUAAGUGGGAACUUUUUAGGUUGGGUGAGGUUGGUAAUAUCUCUAUUUCAAUAAUGUACCAAAUGUAGCUUUCCUAUUCGCUGGGGAAUUAACGUCGGUGGUUGUUUUUUUUUGUCCCGAGGCUUUUGUCUGAAUCACAAUUUCUAGUGACGUUUGUCGUCGAUGCGGUAUAUUUAUUUAUUUAGAUUUGUAUAGUUUCAGAAUCUACCCCGGCAUGAUUUGAUUUUGUGUUUCAUAAUGUAUUAUUUUCUAGGUCCGAAAAUAAAAGUCUGGUGUUUAUUUUAUUACUAAUUGUUUAAGAAAAUUUAGGAUAUACUAUUAUAUUUUUAUACUAGAAUAACUGUUCCUUCAGUGGGUCGCCUAAUGAAGGGGAAAAAGAAAUCCACUUUAUUAAGCGUAGAGUCUUGUGAUUGUUGAUGAUCUGCAUAGUGGAGCCGCAAUCCAUCUCGCAUUUAGCCCUUAAUGGUGAUCACAUAUUCACCUUUCCUAUCAUUUAUUUCUUUUUUUUUUUCUUCUAAACCUU